ACGGUCACGAUUGUAGUACGUAAUUCGUCCAAAACAAUCAAGAUUGACCGAGUUAGAGCAUUUGAAGUUUCAUAUUACGAACAUCUAGAUCCCAGCGAUAUGUAUAUGCAUAUAGAAAUUGCUUCGUUUACUAUUUAUGUAUUGAUGAGUCAUUCAUGCACAAAAUUUAAACUUGCAU